AUGGUGGAUCAGUUUUCCAGCUACGACGUCUCCAUUUUCCGAGAAGCCAUCUGCUAUUACGAUCGAGAUGGCGAUGGAAAACUCAACCUGAAUGAAGUUAGCAAGGCUGUUCAAUCUCUAGGAUGCAAUUUCUCUAUUGAAGACUUUCCUGAGGGAAAAGAACCCUUAGAUUUGGAGGCAUUUUUAGGGGUGGUGAGAGAGAAAUCCAUAGCUAAGAGAUCAGAAGAACUAGGUCGAGCUUUCCGACUGUUCGAUAGGAACCAAAGUGGAAUGAUUUAUGUCGGGGAGCUUCGACAUUUGCUGACAAGCAUCGGUGAGAAGUUGACAGGAGCAGAGUUCGAUUCAUGGAUCGAUCAGGAGAAGGAGUGUGAUUCUUCAGGGUGUGCUAGUUUUGAGUUUCUUAUCAAUAAGCUUACGCGUCACGGUUAG